CUCGCAGACCUCUCGCUGCUCCAGGAGGACCUGCCGGAGGACGCGGACGCGUCCCUGGACUUUGUCUCACAAGAUGAGAUGUUGACGCCACUGGGGAGACUGGACAAGUAUGCUGCAAGUGAGAACGUGUUCAACAGACAAAUGGUGGCCCGGAGCCUGCUGGAUACACUGAGGGAAGUGUGUGAUGAUGAAAGAGAUUGCAUUGCUGUCUUGGAAAGGAUUAACAGAUUAGCUGACGACUCAGAACCAACAGUGCGAGCAGAGCUGAUGGAACAGGUGCCUCAUAUUGCAUUGUUUUGUCAAGAAAAUCGCCCUUCCAUACCAUAUGCUUUUUCCAAAUACUUACUACCUAUUGUGGUCAGAUAUCUUGCAGAUCAGAAUAAUCAGGUGAGGAAGACAAGCCAGGCAGCGCUGCUGGCUCUGCUGGAGCAGGAGCUGAUCGAGAGAUUUGAUGUGGAGACCAGAGUAUGCCCGGUGCUGAUAGAGCUGACUGCCCCAGACAGCAAUGACGAUGUGAAGACGGAGGCCGUGGCUAUAAUGUGCAAGAUGGCGCCCAUGGUUGGGAAGGACAUUACGGAACGUCUCAUCCUCCCCAGGUUCUGUGAGAUGUGCUGUGAUUGCAGGAUGUUCCAUGUGCGGAAGGUCUGUGCUGCCAAUUUUGGAGAUAUCUGCAGUGUAGUUGGCCAACAAGCUACUGAGGAAAUGUUGCUGCCCAGGUUUUUCCAGCUUUGCUCUGACAAUGUGUGGGGUGUCCGGAAAGCGUGUGCCGAGUGCUUCAUGGCUGUGUCCUGCGCAACCUGUCAAGAGAUCCGACGGACCAAAUUGUCAGCACUGUUUAUUAACUUGAUCAGUGAUCCUUCACGUUGGGUUCGCCAAGCAGCUUUUCAGUCCCUGGGACCUUUCAUAUCUACUUUUGCUAAUCCAUCUAGCUCAGGCCAGUAUUUUAAAGAAGAAAACAAAAGUUCAGAAGAUGUUUCAGUAGAAGACAAAAACAGGAUCAGAAAUCAAGAUGUCCUAGAGGAUGUACAAAUCAGGCCAGAGGAUGUUCCUUCAGAUCUCAGAGUCACUAAUUCCAGUAUUAACCUGGAAAACUUGCUGGAAGGUCCUGCUGCGGAAACAUCCAGGAAACCUCCAGGUGAAAUCAGUGUUCCAGCGGACAGCUCUUUACUUUAUACUUUGUCCUCAGAACUUCAUCAGGAAGCAGCUAGUAAUGAGAAUGACAGAAAGCAUGGUCACUACAAAUCCACCUUCCGGCCAGAGGCUGGCACCAGCUCGCAGGAUUCGGCUCUCUUAGAUCAGGAGUUGUACAACUCCUUCCAUUUCUGGAGGACUCCUCUUCCUGAAAUAGACCUCGAUACGGAGCUAGAGCAGGACUCUGGGAAAAGCCCAAGCCCAGAAGCAGCACCCGAAGUCCCUGUGUCAUGUUCUCCAAAUAUCACCAUGGCCACCAGGAGGGAACUUGAAGAAAUGAUAGAAAACCUGGAGCCCCAUAUAGAUGAUCCAGAUGUCAAAGCACAAGUGGAAGUGCUGUCGGCCGCACUGCGCGCUUCCUGUCUGGAUGCUCACGAGGAGACCGGCAGCGUGGAAAAGAGUGACCUGCAAGACGAACCGGGUAUAAAUGAGCUACCAAAUUGUAAACUAACUCAAGAUGAUUCUGUGCCUUUAAUCUGCGAUGCCGUUGAGGGCGUGGACUCCACUCCUCACUAUGCCCAUGACGACUCGGACAUGAGCACCAGCAGUGGCUUCAGCCCUGAGGAGGAGAGGCGGGCCAAAGUGCAGGAUGUUGUGCCUCAGGCUUUGCUAGAUCAGUAUCUAUCUAUGACGGACCCCUCUCGUGCACAGACGGUUGACACUGAGAUCGCUAAGCACUGUGCGUACAGCCUCCCGGGCGUGGCCUUGACCCUCGGCCGGCAGAACUGGCACUGCCUGCGAGAGACCUAUGAGACCCUGGCCUCGGACAUGCAGUGGAAAGUCCGAAGAACCUUAGCAUUCUCCAUCCAUGAACUUGCGGUUAUUCUUGGGGAUCAGUUGACAGCUGCAGAUCUGGUUCCAAUUUUUAAUGGAUUUUUAAAAGACCUCGAUGAAGUCAGGAUAGGUGUCCUUAAACACUUGCAUGAUUUUCUGAAGCUCCUUCACAUUGACAAGAGGAGAGAGUACUUGUACCAGCUGCAGGAGUUCCUAGUGACCGACAACAGCAGGAACUGGCGUUUCCGUGCGGAGCUGGCUGAGCAGCUGACCUUGCUCCUGGAGCUGUACAGCCCCCGGGACGUCUACGACUACCUGCGUCCCAUCGCCCUGAGUCUGUGCGCGGACAAGGUCUCCUCGGUCCGCUGGAUCUCCUACAAGCUGGUCAGCGAGAUGGUGAAGAAGCUGCAUAUGGCCACACCCCCGACCUUCGGCAUGGACCUCAUCAAUGAGCUGGUGGAGAAUUUUGGCAGGUGCCCCAAGUGGUCUGGGCGACAAGCCUUUGUCUUCGUCUGCCAGACUGUCAUCGAGGACGACUGCCUCCCCAUGGAGCAGUUUGCUGUGCACCUGAUGCCACACCUGCUGACCCUGGCGAACGACAGGGUCCCCAACGUCCGAGUGCUGCUCGCCAAGACCCUGAGACAGACUCUGCUGGAGAAGGAGUACUUCCUGGCCUCUGCCAGCUGCUACCAGGAAGCGGUGGAGCAGACUAUCAUGGCCCUGCAGAUGGACCAGGACAGCGACGUCAAGUACUUUGCCAGCACCCACCCUGCCACUACCAAAGUCUCCCAAGACGCCACGAGCACAGCCUCCUCGACCUACUAGGUGCCCGAGUCCUCCUGCCUCCCCGAGGCUGCGCCCUGGGCGGGGCAGAGGGAGGGAGGACGGACCCUCCCCUUGCAGACUCCACCGCAGGCGCCUGGCCCACACCGAGAGCAGGGUGAGUCAAGAGCAGUCCAGUAGACACGACUAUCUUGACUUCAAGGGAAGUAACUUCUCAGAGGAUUAUAACUGUCACCGAAGCCUUAACUCCUUCGUCUUCCUGACUGACGACACUUGAACCGCAGGCGUCUCCCCUGUGGCCGGGACUGGCUCCCCCAGAGCUGCGCUGCUCUCUCCCUGGUCACUGAGAUCCUCGGAGCCAGAGGCCACGCGCACCCAGGCGGAAGACCUUCAGCAUUGCCGUCUGCCGCCGGGCCAAGAGUCCCGCUGGGCGCAGGAGGAGGAGGCUGUGGGCGGGUCUCCCGAGGGCUGAGGCUGACACUGCAGUGGAGUCUGAUUUUAACUCAGAUGCAGCAUAUUGCUGUGCGCACUUACAGACGUUUGCUGGUGUCUCUGUCCUGGAGUUUCUCAUGCUGGUCAUGACUGAAGGAGAUUUCUUAGCACGCAUAUUGUUACGUCGGGGUUUUUAACUUGAUCAUGGUCAGCUCCGAGGGGCGACUUUUCUUCACAUGCUGUACAUACCUGUGACCACUCUUGGGAGUGCUGCAGUCUUAAUCAUGCUGUUGGAACUGUCGAGGCACAAGUUCUCUUGUCCAAAUAAAGUUUAUUAAUAAGAUCUAUACAGAGAGGUGUUUACACUUUGGAUUGUUUUCUAGAUGUCUACAAAUAAAUGCAAUUUGUGACCUGUAUUAAUGAUUUAGUAUAAAUGGGGAAACUAGAUUAAAAUAUUGGUCUUUUAAAUA